ACAAAUAAGACAUAGAUACAUAUAUUUUAAAAAUAUAAAUUAUACAUGUGGUGUCACAGAUUUACAAUUUUAAAGAAACUAAAAGUAAUUAAAACAAAAUAAAAAGCAUGUGCAUUUCAUAGUUUUAAUUCAAAGAAGGAAAAAAAGAGAAUAGAAUGCACAAAUAAAGAAGAGAGUGGAAGAAUAUUUAAUAUGCAACAAGUUUAUAACAAUUAACAAACCACAUAUUUACAACAAAUCCAUGGAAAAAAAUUAAUAAAAUAAACCAGAUACCUACAUAUGUAUAUUCAUAGUAUACUGGACUUCGUAGUGUAAGCAAAAGAGAGCGAGAGAAGAAUCAUAAACAAUAAAAACUCAACUACUGCAAAAAAAAAAUAAGAAUAAAAAAAAUGACUUCAACCUCAACAAUAAAACGAUUUAUUUACAUUUUCGAUAUUCUUUGUACACUACUGGCAGCGGUAUUAAUAGGAUUCGGUAUAUAUGUAAUCCUAACGUACGAAACAGAUGAAAUGGCCUCAAUAGCAUCAUACGCUUAUAUGGGAGUCGGGGUUUCCGUGAUUGUGGUUUUACUCUUCCUAACCAUUGGGGCGGCUAGAGAAAAUGUUUGUUGUACUAUAACGUUCAUUAUACUGAUGAUUGUGGUCAUACUUGCACAAGUAGUUGUUACAUUUCUUUUAACUAAAAGUAAAGAAAACAUUUCCUCAAACUUAUCAAAUACUUUAGAUAAUACAUGGGACGAUGAGAUAAAAAAUCCUGGUGCUAUGUCACACUAUGAAUCAUGGUUUAAGUGUUGCGGUCGUGCCAGUCCUCAAGAUUAUAUUGUUAAUGGACGUUUACCUCCAAAUAGCUGUUUCGAAAAUAACGAUUCCUCGAUACCAGAAAAUCUCAUCGAGUCAGGCUGUCGUAUUAAAUUUGAUCAGUACUGGACAAAUUUACUAAAUAUCUUUAAUAUUGUUGCUUGGGUUUUAAUAGGUUUAGAGUUGGUUAUAACAUUAAUUUCAUGCUGUCUCUGCAAUAGUAUUCGCAACGAUCGCAGGCGUACCUACUAUUAAAUGUAACUCUUAUUAGUUUUAAAACAGUCAUCGGCAAAUACGUACACAAAAAUAAGAUAAAUAUUAAUUAAAAAUGUUAAAAUUUUCCUUUCAAUAUGCAAAAAGCAGGGAAAUUACCGGGAAUUUUAUGUUCAUUUUAUAUACACAAUUUUUUACUCCACAUAGCCGAAGAAGUAUUUAGCAUUUUACAAUUCUAUAAUCACAAAACCUCGCCAAUUUCGCUCAAGUGAGAGUGUUAAAUGGAUGAUCGAUUAUAUGCUGGUAACAUCAAACAACAGGCAUUGGGUCCCGAUUGUUUGCAGAUGACGGGUUUUAUGUAAAAAUGGUUGCUUUUAUACCCUACACCACUUUAGUGGAAAGGGUAUAUUUGGGUUUGUGGGUAUAUUGGUCCUAUACCCACCUUAAAGUAUACCAAACAAACUGUAGGUCGCAAUUUUUGAAAUAAUUCAAUGAAAUUUGGUACAUGAUCUUCUAUUGUCUAUUGGGCCAAAGCCUAUUGAAAAUGAUUAAUUUCACCUAGCCUCCAUACAACUGAACCCCCGAAUAUGAAUUAUAAUUGAACUACAGGCCGCAAUUUUGGUGAUAAUUCAAUAACAUUUGACAUGUCAUCUUCUAUGGUAUUGUAGACGAAGCGACAUAAUUAUGUUUUAUAUACUCGUAUCUCGACAAAAAACUGCAAAACUAAUGUAUAGCCUUGAUGGCCCUUAUAAACUCUAUAAUUAUAGGACCUGAUUUGACUCUAGCCCCUAUAAAAAGCUCACUUCAAAAUUUGACUUAAAUGUCCACAAUUUUAUUCAACAAUAAUGCUUUCAACUUAAUGCUUUAUUAUGAAAACUAAAUCACAUUUUAUUUUUGUAACAGUUGUAGGGUAUUAUAUGGUCGGGAAGUAGGCGAAUAAUGUACCGAUUUUAACCAUUUUCAAUAGGCUUGGGCCAAAAAAAAGUCGGGAAGUAGGCGAAUAAUGUACCGAUUUUAACCAUUUUCAAUAGGCUUGGGC